CCUGAGCGCGCGCGUCAAUCACUUUCACCUGUGGUGUUUGUUUUAAGGACUAUUUCUUUUAAAGUUUUAAAGUCUUAAAAAUAGUAAUAAUACAGAGGAAAAAACGUGUGAAUCAUCUCAGCUGGAGGAUUAUUUUACUGUAAACUCUGUAGGGAAUUGUUAUUUUGGCAGUCGGAGUUUUGACCUUGAUUACGGUUAUUGAGAUAGACGUUAAUUCUCCGUGCAACGGUCAUUUUCUUUUUUAAAAUUUAAAAUUUAAUUAAAAAAAAAAAAUUGAACGAAGAGUAACGACAUGAACAGUGACAGGUAUCAUCUGAUAUCAGGCUGAUUUCCGGCGUGGUGUUUAGAGCGCACGAGCGGUAUCAGGGCGCGGGUAGUGCGGGGUUUGGGGCUGAUUAUGCUGCGCGUGCUGUGGCUGGCGGGCUGCUCGGUGCUGCUGGUCCUGACGGCCGGGUUCGACCCGGAGAGGUGCAGAAACUUACCGGUGUCUCUCAACGUGGUGCUGCUGGAGGAUGAAGAUUCACUGUGGAGCUUAAAGUAUGUCCGCAUCGCCGUGCUGAAAGCGAUCGAAGAGGAAAACCUGAUCAAUAACCAAACAGGCCUGAACUUCACAAUCAAGGGCAACUUCCGGGGUUUUAACACCACAUAUUACAGACGCCGGGGGUGCGGGAGCAGCACGUGUGAAGGAGUGGAGAUCCUCAAAUCAUUACAUAACACCAGUGGGGUCGGCUGUGCGAUGCUCGGACCGUCCUGUACGUAUGCCACGUUCCAGCUUGUCGAUCAGGAUGUGGGUUUGACUCUGACCAUACCUGUGAUAUCUGCGGGGAGUUUCGGCCUGUCCUGCGACUUCAAGGAAAAACUGACCCGUCUGCUGCCCCCGGCCCGGAAGGUCUCGAGCUUCUUUGUUUAUUUCUGGAACGUGACGGUUUCCAGACUCAAGCCGAAACGCUGGAAGACGGCUUACAUCUACAAACAGCAGACCAUCUCUGAGGAGUGUUUCUGGUACAUUAACGCGCUGGAAGCUUCGACGGCGGAGUUUUCCACGUUGAUCAAUAGGAAGGUGCUGCGCAGUAAAGACGACGUGUCUUCAGCUCUGGCUCUGACCGAUGCAGAGAGACACAGCAACAUUUUCAUCCUGUGUGGAGGCCCGGAUGACAUCAUCGCCGUUAAAAACGGGUCGUUUAUAAACAAGGACAUCGCCUUUAUCCUGAUAGACAUUUUUAAUCAUGAAUAUUACAUCAACAGAUCAUCGCAUGAUUUCAUGAGGAACGUCCUGGUGCUUACCAUGCACGAUGUCUGGAACUAUAGUCUGCCCGAUUGGCCAUUCAAUUCCACUUCUCUGAAUGAUUAUGUUGCAGGUUAUUAUGACAGCGUGGUUCUCUUUAGUCGGGUCAUGAGGAAGAUGUUACAGGGGCAGGGCUCGGGGAACAUCAUCAACUUCUCAAACGACAACCCCUUCCGAAACAUGUCCUUUGAGGGAUUGGGCGGUCGUUAUGAUUUGGAUGAAAAUGGAGACAGAAAUGUGAAUUUUUCAUUGAUGUACACAACUAGCACAAAUGAGUAUAAGGAAUUAUUUGUAUUCAACACGGCCAACAACAAGACCGAGCACAUCGAGGGUACCCAUGACCUGCCCUGGCCUGGGGGUCACCUGCCUGAUGACAUCCCUGCUCACAGCCUGGAGAUUCACGACAUUAUAAUGAUAGUACUUGGAAUCAGCGUAGUACUUGCUACUGCUAUUGCUUUUAUCUUCUACAGGCAGAACAGGAGGCAGCGCAACAAUCAGAAGAAAUGGUCUCAUCUAAACUCCGAACUCAUCACGCCCCUAGACAGCAGAGAGUCAAACUACAUCUCUCUCAAAAUCGAUGAGGAUAAGAGGAGAGACAGCACGUAUCAGAUACGGAGAGGACGCUAUGACAAGAAGCCCGUCAUUCUCAAAGAGCUGAAACAGACGGAUGGAAAUUUCUUGGAGGACCAGCGCAUUGAACUCAAUUCUCUCCUGCGAAUCGAUUACUAUAACCUCACAAAGUUCUAUGGCACGGUGAAGUACGAGUAUGGAGUGUUUGGCGUGUUUGAGUACUGCGAGAGAGGUUCUCUGAGGUACGUCCUCAGCGAUAAGAUCUCAUACCCAGAGGAGAGCUUUAUGGACCUGGAGUUUAAAAUCUCCGUCAUGUACGACAUCGCAAAGGGUAUGUCUUAUCUGCACUCCAGUAAUAUAGCGAUACACGGGAGACUCAAAUCCACCAACUGUGUGGUGGACAACCGCAUGGUGGUGAAAAUCACUGACUUUGGAUGCAACACUAUCCUGGCACCAGGCAAAGACCUGUGGACGGCUCCUGAACACCUGCGCAUGCUGGGGAUCUCCCAGAAAGGGGACGUCUACAGUUUCGCUAUAAUCGCUCACGAGAUCAUUCUGAGACAGUGUCCUUUCUACACUGAGAGCUGCUCUGAUGUGGCAGAGAAGUUGUACAGAGUUCAGUCUCCAUCUGGACCCACUGUCUUCAGACCUGACCUCAACUUUGAGACUGCUGGAGAGAAAGACGUGGAGAUGUAUGUUCUGAUUAAGAACUGUUGGGACGAGGAUCCCGAGAGGAGGCCAGACUUUAAGAAGAUUGAGAACUCUUUGGGCAAGAUCUUCAGUAACCUGCACGAUCAGGCCAACGCAAGCUACAUGGACAAUCUGAUCAGAAGGCUGCAGAUGUACUCACGCAACCUGGAGCAUCUGGUGGAGGAGAGAACCGCACUGUACAAGGCAGAGAGGGACCGAGCUGACCAGCUCAACUUCAUGCUGCUGCCUGGGCCUGUGGUGCGCUCACUGAAAGAGACGGGUUGUGUAGAACCGGAGUUGUUUGAUGAGGUCACUAUUUACUUCAGUGAUAUUGUGGGCUUCACGACGCUCUGCCACUACAGCACGCCCAUGGAGGUGGUGGACAUGCUGAACGACAUGUACAAGAACUUCGACAGCAUCCUCGACAGUCACGAUGUCUACAAGGUGGAAACGAUAGGUGAUGCGUACAUGGUGGCAUCGGGUUUACCCCGGCGGAAUGGUAACAGGCAUGCAGUGGACAUCUGUCUCAUGGCUCUGGAUAUUCUGGAGUUCAUGGGAACGUUUCAGCUGCGACACCUGCCGGGAAUACCGCUCUGGAUCAGGAUGGGUGUCCACUCAGGACCCUGUGCAGCAGGUGUUGUGGGAAAUAAAAUGCCACGUUAUUGUUUAUUUGGAGACACGGUGAACACUGCUUCACGAAUGGAGUCAACGGGACUGCCUCUAAGGAUCCACGUGAGCCAGUCCACAAUUAACAUCCUCCAGAGGACAGACUGUCAGUUUGAGUACGAGGCAAGAGGAGAGACCUUCCUCAAGGGUAAAGGAAAGGAGAUGACGUACUGGCUAAAAGGAGUAACAGGACAGAAGUACAACCUGCCCACUCCACCUACAGCAGAGAACUUCCAGCGGCUGCAGCAGGACCUGGCUGACCUGAUCAUCUCCACGCUUGCUAAACGAGGAAACGAGAUAAGAAAGACACUCUCCACACGCCAACGCAGGAGCCAGAGACCUGGCAGCGACGGCUUACCUGAGUACCUGCACCUUACGGACCCGAGCACUUACCUGUAGCGCUUUCUCUCUUUCUCACACACGCACGCACACACAAAACCCAAAAAAGUCAAUGGACAAUUGAGUAUAAAAUUAGGUUUAUAGUCCAAAUUCGGUUUUACAAUCGAACUGGUCUAACUCACAGUUUAGCUCAUCUCAUGUU